AUGGUUAGGGCGGAUGCAUCCGUCAACAUUAAGGUGCUCCAAAAUGCCACGGCCGCACACUUUGGGUUCAGGCCGACGUACAGGAGGGUCUGGCUUGCGAAGCAGAAGGCUGUUGUCGUCAUCUAUGGUGACUGGGAUAAGUCGUACAACGAGCUCCCCAGGUGGGUGUUGGGAGUCCAGUUGACCAUGUCUGGAACUGUUGCAGUGCUGAGGACUAGCCCUGUUCGAGUUGGGGGACAGUUGGACGAGUCUCAGGCUUACUUUCACAGGCUGUUCUGGACGUUCCCACUUUGUGUCGAGGACGGGAACUCCAAUAUACUCCAUGUUGCAUUUGCAUUAGUCGAUGGUGAGAAUGCUGAGUCACGGUCCUUCUUUCUCUCGCACCUGCGUCAGCAUGUGACCCCGCAGCCAGAGCUGCUAGUUAUUUCGGACAGGCAUAACGGCAUCAAGGCCGCACUUGAGGCUCCUGACGGGGGAUGGCUACCUCCGGCUGCAUACCGAGCAUUCUGCAUUCGACACGUAGCUGCAAAUUUUGCCCUUACCUUCAAGGGCAAAGACGCCAGGAGGCUUCUUGUCAACGCCGCAUAUGCUAAGACCGAAGUCGAGUUUGAUUACUGGUUUGACAUUUUGCGCUCUGAGAAUCCGGCGAUGUGUGACUGGGCGAACCGGAUUGAGUAUUCAUUGUGGACACAGAAUUGUGAUGAGGGGCGCAGAUUCGGGCACAUGACGACCAAUAUAUCCGAGUGUGUGAACUCAAUCCUGAAGGGUGUCAGAAACCUCCCUGUGUGCUCCCUGGUGAAGGCCAUAUAUGGACGUUUGGCGGAGCUAUUUGUCCGCAAGGGGAAGGAGGCCGAGGCCCAGCUGGAGACGACUCCGACUGGUUCGUUCUCACUGGGUAGCUACCGGGUCUCCCUUGGUUCACAGACAUGUGACUGUGGAUACUUUCAGGCACUUCAUUACCCGUGUCCGCACGUAUUGGCAUGCUGCGCCUACUCACGGAUUACUUGGCAGCCAUACGUUCACCAGGUGUAUCGUCUUUGUUCGGUCUCCAGUGUGUAUCAGAUGGGAUUCUCACCUCCCAUUCCGGAGGGUUUCUGGCCACCAUAUGCCGGUCCGACCGUUAUACCGGACCCGAACAAGAGGCGUGCGAGGGAUGGUCGUCCGAGGUCCACUCGGAUACGGACCAAUAUGGAUGAGGCAGAUCCGAAUCGGCCCAAGAGAUAUGGUCUCUGUCGGCAACCAGGACACACCCGUCGGAGCUGUCCACAGGCCGGUUGA